AUCUUCCUUGCCCGCAGAAUGGCUCGUACUUUAAAUCAGAUGUUCUGCAAAAAUAGUUAGUCUAGACUUCCAUGGGAUAUCUCCAGAUUAGCAGAAUGGGAUAGUUCCAGUAACAUUACGAAGUUGGAUUGACCAUAAUAACUGUGAACUAGAGGGAGAUUUGUUGAAAACUAACUGAAAAGAAAAAUGUAUUCACAGAAUGAAUCGACAACAUUAUUCUUCUGAUAACUCCUCUGACUUAGAGACCUCACCAUCUGACAUCAUUGAGAUUGAGGGGUUUCCUGUUAAGUCGAAGAAAAAGAAAAAAAAGAAAACAUUUUCCUUCGAUUCCAAUGACAAUGCCUCCACAUCUUCAUCACCCAAGCACUCUAAACAAGGAAAAGUAAGGAAGUCCACUACUGGUGAUAAAUCUACCUACAGUUCUAUUCCUAGUAAAACAACAGGAAAAGCAAGUAAGUCCACUACUGGUGAUAAAUCUACCUACAGAUCUAUUCCUAGUAAAACAACAGGAAAAGUAAACAAGAGCUUGACAAAUAUAUCAGGAGACAGAGGAGUGAAGAGAAAAACCACAUCCUCCUCCAAUAGAGAAGGACCGAAGCAUGCCAAAGGGGAUGGCGGUGACACUAGUAGUGAUGACGAGCUUACAGGGAGAUCUGCAUCUACAGGUAAACGGGUCAGACGAGGGUUAGCCAAAAGGUUGUACGGAAACAACAGCCAGGCAAGUGAAGUAUUGCUCAGUGGAUCUGGAACAGCUAGUCAGGAUGGGUGGUACAGUACAACAAAAGCUCCACAACCAUCUACUUCACACACCAGCAGCCAGACCAGCACAACGGACUCGCACAAACCCAACAGCCAGAUCAGCACAAGGGACUCGCACAAACCCAACAGCAAAAUUAGCUCAAGACGAUCUCAUGCCAGGCCAGUUUCUGCUGCCAAUACUUACAGCUUUAUUAAACUGUCCUCUGACUCUGAUGUGGUCAAAGAGGCUGUAGAACCUCCGCGUAAGAAAUGUAUAACUUACCAUGACUCAGAUCCAGGCUCUGAAGGCUUUGACCCAAGUAUAUCUGAUGAGGCUAUGGGUCAGUUGUCUUCUGGCAACAGUAGUGAUGAUUUGUUUGUAACUCAGACUUCUGCUGGACGGAAAUCUCUCCCAAAAAAAAUGGUUUCUUCUGACGAAUCUACAAUAGAUAGUGAUAUCACAAUUAUGGAUAGCCCAGUGCAUAUGGAGGCACAUAUGAUGGAUAGUGAUGCUACAAUCAAUGAUAGUCCCAUGCAUAAGGAAGUCCCUGACACACAGCUUCCAGAUCUCACCUUAAAGUUCAUGUCCUCAUCGUCGGAGGAAGAGCCAGACCGAAAUAUAAUAUAUACAAGCAGGCAAAAGUCAGACAGCUCUGAAAGGCCAUAUCAUCAUAUAGGGAAGCAGGGGGUAGACCAAUUAGCUCAUCACACAACUUCACAUACAAACAAAAAUAGUCAAGGAUCUCGUACUGCUAGGAAUUCUGGAGAGAGUCAGGAAUCUGAAUCCCUUUUUGGGAAGCCUCCGUCCUCAUCACAACACAUACAAGAUGAUCCAUACAAAUUUCCUUCACAAGACAAAACACAAUCUAUGCCAAGUCUUCAUCGGAUGUCUUACACAAGUAAGCCAGCUAUUUUAGGGUCAGAGGUUAAGCAGGAGCUAGUAACUGACCUGGAAACCACUACUGAUUCUGAUGCUGAUGUACCACUGGCUAGUCUGUCCGUGGACAAAUAUAAAACAAAAUCAACAGGUCGUUCUUCAAUCAAACGAGGAAGAGACAAUAUGGUUGAUGAUGGAAACUCUGACUUCAAUCUCUGGCCACAGUCCAGCAAACGUUUCAGGCAAGGCUGUUAUUCUCAGAAUGAAGAGAAUGAGUCUGCAACCCAGAAUUACUCUUUAGGACAGGAAACAAUACACAACCAAUCCGGAGGACCAGACAUCAAGUCUGAGGUGGAGGAUAGUAAAAACAAUAGUGGGGAAAUUCUCAUACCCAAAAUAGAGCCCCCAUCUUAUGGCUACACACAGGACCUAGAUGUUAUGUUUAUUGAGGAUUCUGACUCGGAUUACGAAGACAUGUCACAGAAGAUUGUUGAGAUCAGCAGUGACGAAGAUGACAAACUACCGGAUUUUGAUGAUGCUGAAGAAUUUAAAGCAUAUUUCAACCUGCCAGAUUGUGAUUCUGAUGACAAUGAUUUACAAGUAUUGGGACAGAGAAGAGAUGAGGAUGCGUCUAACAGCAGUGCUGCCAGUAACAUUGACUGGGUGAGUGUGGAUAGCGAUGAUGACUUAAGUUAUGGACUUUUGACUCAGCAAGCUGAUGUCAAUAGUUCAAUAUAUGAUCAACCCACCCAGGUAGACACUGCAGACACAGAGAGCAGAGUCAGGUUUAUAGAAGAGGUGGUGACAUUUGACGAGAGUGAUGAUGAGAAUGAUGAUCCAUACGAGAAAGCAACACAGGUAGAUGGAGCGGAGGAGGAGAGUACAGUAGAUGAAAUGUGUGUCUACACCGCAGACACCCAGGUAGAUCAUGUCGGUAUUACUGAGAGUGACGAAGACUUGUACAACCACUGUACACAGAUAGACCAUCCUAAGGACAAACGAUAUAAACAACACAACAGGUACAGUACUCACACAAAAGUGGCUGGUCAGCAAGAGGGUGGGGAACCAGGGGAGAUGGACAGUGUUUAUAGCAUGGACACACAGUUGGACGAUGUCAGAUCUCAUGGUGGAUCUGAUGGUGAGAUGGACAGUAUCUACAGUGCAGACACACAGCUGGACAUUGACCACAGGCCUGAGGUGUACAUUGAUGUUGAUGAUAAGGAGGAGGUAUAUGUAAAGGUGGAAGUAAUAGACACUGCUGAUCCUCACAGGCAACACACAGAGAUUGACCCGUACAACUUUUGUGUCCCAGUGGACAGAAGUCUGAUGGUAAAUGUUAAACCAAAGCAUCAUAAGCUCAGAAUGGCUCAGACGAAUGUUAUAGGUCACGGCACUAGGAGUGAUGAGGAAGACGAUAUCUACACUGCACAGACACAGAUAGAUGGUGCUGGUGUAAUUCGUGGCACAGCUGAUGAGGAAGAAGAUAUCUACACUGCACAGACACAGAUAGAUGGUGCUGGUAUAAUCCAUGGCACAGAUGAUGAGGAAGACGGUAUCUACACUGCACAGACACAGAUAGAUGGCGCUGGUUUAAUUUGUGACAAAGGUGACGGAGAGGUUGAUGUCUACACUGCCCAGACUCGGGUAGAUGGUGUCAGUAUGUUUACUGGUACUGAUGACAAAGGUGACGGAGAGGUUGAUGCCUACACUGCCCAGACUCAGGUAGAUGGUGUCAGUAUGUUUACUGGUACUGAUGACAAAGGUGAUGGAGAGGUUGAUGCCUACACUGCCCAGACUCAGGUAGAUGGUGUCAGUAUGUUUACUGGUACUGAUGACAAAGAGGAGGGUGUUUAUGCUAGACAUACACAUCCUCAUAGAAACGAAGUCAAAGGUCACUGCUCAAGGUUUUCUAAAGGUGAAGAUAUCGGUACAAAUCAGACACAGGAAAAAGGGCUGAUGUCCCAGAAGAUUCCGAAAGUCCGUUUUGAUUCAGAGAAAAUGAAGAAACAGAUUAUGAGAGCCAGAUUACAGAUAUCAAACAAGGAGGCAGUAAACAGGACAAAAGGUCUUCAUCUGAACGAAUUACCUAUAGAAGCAGAUGUACCUACUGAUAAGGAACAAAUUGAGCAUCCUUACCUGGCCGCAACACAGAUUGACGGUGGGGAUCCCUACCUGGCUGCCACACAGAUUGACGGUGGGGAUCCCUACCUGGCUGCCACACAGAUUGAAGGUGGGGGUCCCUACCUGGCUGCCACACAGACUGACGGUGGGGAUCCCUACCUGGCCGCAACACAGAUGGACGAUGGGGCUGCCCUGUCCAGUAGAUCUGACGAGGAUAAAGAUUUGUAUAUGGCUAACACUCAAAUAGACAAUAUUACAAUCAGUAGCACUGAAGAUGUGUCAGAGAAGCUGGCUGGAGAUAUAACCAUCAGCAGUACUGAGGAAGAUACCCACAUGGACGUUGAGCCUGGGGAGCAGGAGGACACAGAACCUUUCAAUAUUGCCACACAGUAUGACCUUCCUGUGGAAAGCUCCCUGACACCCAGUGAUAAAUAUCGGGAGAUAGAAAAAUCACUCGUAAAAUCCAUAGAUAAAAUAAGGUUUCAAAAUCUUAUUUCUUUUAAAAAAACAGUGUUACCAACAGAACCUGAAAGACUGAAAACCACUGCUGAAAAAAUAGAAUCCUUUAGGAUUGAGAAAUCUACAUUUUACUCUAAAAAGUCUAUAGAUAUGGCUGUUCAGCAUCAGGACUGUAAGAAACCUAGUUCAGCUACAAGUGGAUGGUUGUCUACUUCCACGUCUGUGAAUUCAAGGACUCUACCAAAAAUGAAAGGGUCAAGGUCAAAGAGACAGCAAAAGGUGCAACUAGACAACUCACAGCAGAUAAAAGAUAAGAUGUCUGUGGCCAGGACUCAGAUGUCAAACCGCCAGCAAAAAAGUGUAAAACCAACAGCUCACAGAAACACGUCUCUUACAGCCUCGACGGGAUAUGAUACUGAUGUACAGCUCCCCAAUCACGAGGAGAUACUGGCCAAACAGCUGCCUCUCCUUACAGUGGUGGUGCCUACAGUGAGGCAUACAGCUGACAAACAGUCGUUCCACCUUCUAAACAGUACAAAAAACAGAUCAAGUACAGAAGCAGGAUCAAGUAAAAAGGAUAAUGGUCACAAGGAGGGAUCACUGAAACCAGAAGCAGGAUCAAGUAAACGUGACAGUAAAAACAAGGAGAGGUCACAGAGUACAGAACCAGGAUCAAGUAAACAUGACAGUAAAAACAAGGAGAGGUCACAGAGUACAGAAUCAGGAUCAAGUAAACAUGACAAUAGAAACAAGGAAAGGUCACAUAGUACAGAACCAGGAUCAAAUAAACAUGACAUUAGAAACAAGGAAAGGUCACAGAGUACAGAACCAGAAUCAAGUAGACAUGACAGUAGAAACAAGGAGAGGUCACAGAGUACAGAACCAGGAUCAAGUAAACAUGACAGUAAAAACAAGGAGAGGUCACAGAGUACAGAAUCAGGAUCAAGUAAACAUGACAAUAGAAACAAGGAAAGGUCACAGAGUACAAAAUCAGGAUCAAGUAAACAUGACUGUAAAAACAAGGAGAGGUCACCAAGACCAGAACCAGGAUCAGGAUCAAGUAAACAUGACAGUAGAAACAAGGAAAGGUCACAGAGUACAGAACCAGGAUCAAGUAAACAUGACAAUAAAAACAAGGAGAGGUCACAGAGUACAGAACCUGGAUCAAGUAAACAUGACAGUAGGAACAAGGGGAGGUCACAGAGUAUAGUACCAGGAUCAAGUCAACAUGACAGUAAAAACAAGGAGAGGUCACAGAGUACAGAAUCAGUAUCAAGUAAAAAGGAUUAUGGUCACAAAAAGAGGUCACCAAGACCAGAAUCAGGAUCAAGUAAACAUGACAGUAGAAACAAGGAAAGGUCACAGAGUAAAGAAUCAGGAUCAAGUAAAUAUGACAGUAGAAACAAGGAGAGGUCACAAAGUACAGAACCAGAAUCAAGUCAACAUGACAGUAAAAACAAGGAGAGGUCACAGAGUACAAAACCAGGAUUAAGUAAACAUGACAGUAGAAACAAGGAGAGGUCGCCAAGACCAGAAUCAGGAUCAAGUAAAAAGGAUAUUCAAAAUAGAGAGAUGUCAUCCAAAAAAUAUUCAGGAUCAAGUAAAAAUAAUGAUAGAAAUGAGGAAAGGCCAUCAAGAUCAGUUAAUACAGAAAAUCAUAAAAGAGUCCAGGUCAUAGAGGAGAGGUCCAUGAGUUUAGAGUCUAUAACUUCAGAAGAGAUUAAUUUUGAUGAAAAUUACAUUCCCGAUAUUAAUUCCAACAAAGAACCUCAGGACACUUGCUUACUUGAUGGCUUGUCUAAAACGACAGGAACCAAGGAAAAUAUGCCACCCAUGAUAUCAGUAGUGAUGAGCAGCACUGCUAGUAAUGAUGUUGAUCCUGUUAGCAAGUCCUCCAAACCCUCGACAACAGCUCAUGAUCCCCUGCCAGUAUCAUUCAAACCUCGUGUAGGUAAAAUGAUCCGACGUCCAGCAACACGGCCAAAAUCCAUUCUGUCGCGUCCAGAAAAUCGCAUCAGCAAGCCUGGUAGAAGAGUGGUGUUUGACCUGCCAGAUAAGGCAACAAACAAAGUGCCAGUCAUCUCCAAUCUAGCCAGAAGUAUACUUGCACGGGAAGAAAGGCUGCCUCAGUUACAUCAUUUACGAAGAUCAGAGAAAGUUACUAACCCAGUGGGGCCACUCAACAGAACAGAAGGGACCAUUCCACAUGUUUCCAGUUUUAAAUCAGCAGGAUCUAUGCAAACACCAUCCGCUACUCAACCCAAAGGGCCUGUACCUCCUUUCAGACAUCAUAACCUUAUGGAGAAAUGUAACACAACAGUGCUAAGUCAGAUGAACAGGCCUCUGACUGAUAUAACAGGAGCCAAUAACACCACUCCGGACAGGCAGUACAGUCUGGACAACCUCCUCGUCAAACUUCUCAAAUGGAACCCAGUCUGGUUGCAAGAACAGGAGAGGUGUCCAGACCCCCCUCCCGCCAUAGAGGAAGAGAAUCCUCUUUUCUCCUUGAGUGAGUCAUACAGCCAUUUUGAUGACUACAUACGACUCUUCACUCCACACACAGUUUGUGGCUUCAAGAAAAGUGUUGAGUCUGGUGUUACAAAGUACAGAGUCCACCUGUCUGCUGUACAGACCUCUACCGACAAGAAGUUUCUACACUUCACCUGGAAUG